CUGCCAGGCGCCAUGGCUGCGAAUCCGCGCGGGAAGGCCGAGACAUUGGCUCGGAGGCGACGGCUGCUCAGCUCUUCCUGCAGACUCUUUUUUCCCGAGGAUCCUAUUAAGAUUGUCCGGGGCCAAGGGCAAUACGUGUAUGAUGAACAGGGCACAGAAUACAUCGAUUGCAUCAACAAUGUGGCUCACGUUGGGCACUGCCACCCUCUCGUGGUCCAAGCGGCACAUGAACAGAACCAGGUGCUCAACACCAACAGCCGGUACCUGCAUGACAACAUCGUGGAUUACGCACAGAGGCUGUCCGAAACCCUGCCGGAGAAGCUCUGUGUUUUUUAUUUCCUGAAUUCUGGGUCAGAAGCCAAUGACCUAGCCCUGAGGCUGGCCCGCCAGUACACAGGACACUGGGACGUGGUGGUAUUAGACCAUGCUUAUCACGGUCACCUGAGCUCCCUGAUCGACAUCAGCCCCUACAAGUUCCGGAACCUGGAUGGCCAGAAGGAGUGGGUCCAUGUGGCGCCUCUCCCAGACACCUACCGGGGCCCCUACCGGGAGGACCACCCCAGUCCGGCUGAGGCCUAUGCCAGCGAGCUGAAACGCGUGGUCAGCAGUGCACGGGAGCAGGGCAGGAAGAUUGCCGCGUUCUUUGCCGAGUCUCUGCCCAGCGUGGGAGGGCAGGUCAUUCCCCCUGCUGGAUUCUUCCCAGAAGUGGCAGAGUACAUCCGCAGGGCCGGAGGGGUCUUUGUCGCAGACGAGAUUCAAGUGGGCUUUGGCCGAGUAGGCAAGCACUUCUGGGCCUUCCAGCUGCAGGGGAAAGACUUUGUCCCCGACAUUGUCACCAUGGGCAAGUCCAUUGGCAACGGCCACCCCGUAGCCUGCGUGGCCACAACCCAAGCUGUGGCGAGGGCAUUUGAAGCCACCGGCGUCGAGUACUUCAACACGUUUGGGGGCAACCCGGUGUCCUGCGCCGUGGGGCUGGCCGUCCUGGAUGUCUUGGAGAAGGAGCAGCUGCAGGCCCACGCCGCCCAUGUGGGCAGCUUCCUGAUGGAGCUCCUGGGGCAGCAGAAAGCCAAACAUCCCAUCAUCGGGGACAUCAGGGGUUUCGGGCUCUUCAUUGGUGUGGAUCUGAUCAAAGAUGAGGCCACGAGGACACCAGCAACCGAAGAGGCUGCCUACUUGGUGUCCAGGCUGAAGGACAACUAUGUUCUGCUGAGCACUGACGGCCCCGGGAGGAACGUCCUCAAGUUUAAGCCCCCUAUGUGCUUCAGCUUGGACAACGCGCAACAGGUGGUGGGAAAGCUGGAUGCCAUCCUGACAGGUGAGCUUGAAGCCCAAGGGACAACUGACCAUAUCCCUAGAGUCCAAUAUGGAGCAAGGAGCUGAAGGAGAGGGGUCCUAUUGGCCCAGGGCUCCCCAUUCCUGCCUGUGCCGGUGAGAGCUGAGCCUCCACCCCCCAGCCUGGGCAGGCAGCACCAAGGGGUGCGGGGCAAGGGAGCAGGGCCAGCCCAAAGGCCACUGUGAAAUGAUCGCAGCUUUGUGCUUGAGGCUAAGGUCACCAAAAGCUGCUGAGCAGCUGAAAUGAGAUUUACACCGAGGUCUGACAAGAACACAAAAUGAAAUUCCUCUGCACAUUCCCAAUCACCCAGGACCAUCAAAGCCAGCCCAGGGUCUCCCCUCAACCCACUACUAGAAAUCUGUAAUUACUGAAUUGGAUGCUGAAUGCAGGAUAUGCUGUGCCAUCAAAAGCUCAGUGGGGACCCAAAGUAGGCAAAGUCCUAUCUUCUGGUAGAAAUCAGAGCAGCCCUUCUCUGUCCUCACCUGAGCUUUUUCACUGCUGGCUCCAGGGCUCUGAAGCUGAGGGCCAACCCCUACUGGACAUAACUGGAGGUGACAUAGGACCUGAGGAGGCAGGGAGGCUGACUGAGCCCAGAAGUCCAGUUGAGCCUGAGUCUUGGGAAACCUGAGGGUUGGCUUUGUCCUUUGGGGUAAUUGUUACUGCCCCUGUGGCUAGUGAUCCAUAUACAUGGGUAAAAGGUGGUAGUAGGGGCCUUCAGCCUUCACCUGAGGUUAACUAAUCUCUGGUUUUUUCCCAGACAUGGAAGAAAAAGUAAGAAGCUGUGAGACUCUGAGGCCCCAGCCCUAAGGCAGUACUUUCCUUCCCCCCAG